ACCUUGGAGCUUCGAGGGUGUUGUGUGAUAAUUACUUAAAGACUUAAAGACUUCACUCUGAAAUGUGAACUGCUUAUGUUUGUUUAGUGAAGGAGUAAUGAGCUCAUGUACUCUUCAUCUCUUGUAUUCUGCUCUCAGCCGCCAUGCAGAAAUUCAACAAAUCCAAGCAGUCUGACGAGGCGAGUCCCGAAAAAGCCACACAGUCUCCAGAAAGUACUGAGUCAGCAAAAGAGACAAGUGCCGAGUCAGCAAAAGGGAAUGUCAAAGAGAACGGAGACACAGCAGUGGAUUCAAGGCCAACCCCCGCUGGAGAGUCUCACGAGGAGGAACAUGACACGACCGCACCUGACGCACAAGUAAACAAUGAAAAUAUGAGUAUCACGCCUGGUCAAGCAAUGUUCUGUUUCUUUCUUAUCACUGUCGCAGUAGCUGUUGGCGUGACAUUAUUUUGCUGUCACGUCAGUGGCAAAGACCCUGUCUCCACCUUCAACUACAUCGUGACGCGACUCAAGUUUUACUAUUUUUACUAUUUCAGAAGAGCUCCUGGAGGGAACAGAUUCUUCUGAUACCUUAGACUCCAGUAUUCAGUUUUCAGAUUUGUCUAGUUUUUAAUAUUAUUGCAUGUUAUUUUAUGGUGUAAAUUUAACCGAGAAGCACAGUGGUUUGAAGUGAAUGCAGUGCCUUGAUAAGUUGUUUUAACUUGUGUAAAGAGAUAGAAAAGGCUCCCGAUGUGGCGAAAGUCAGCGACAUUCCAGU